CCCUCCCUGGCCCAGGCCCAGGCCUCCGUGGCCAACGAGAUGUACCAGGAGCUGGGCCAGCCCUCGGUCUUCCUCUUCUGCCCCACAGAGUACUGCAGCUCUCUGUGCCAGCCCAGCCCCAGCCAGUCCUGCUACCUGCUGACCCUGGGCCGGGAGCUGCUCCCAGGGAUCGGCGUCAUCUGGACCGGACCAAAGGUGGUGUCGCAGGAGCUCUCGGCCACACUGCUGGAGGAGGUGGAGGGCAUCCUGCAGCGCCGCCCCAUCAUCUGGGACAACCUUUAUGCCAAUGACUACGACUGCAGGCGUGUCUUCCUGGGCCCCUACACGGGACGUGCCCCUGGUCUGGUGGCCAGGCUCCGCGGACUGCUCCUCAACCCGAACUGCGAACUCCAGGCCAACUUCAUACCCAUCCACACACUGGGCAGCUGGUUUCGGAGUGAGCUGGGGAGCAGCACCCACCCCGAGCACGCAGGGACAGAGACCGCGUCAGCCCUAGGGGACCACUGCCUGGGCCCAGAGGAGGGGAGCUAUGACCCCCAGGAGGCCUUGGAGCUGGCCCUGCGGGACUGGGUGGCUGAGAUAAACCAGCAGACCUUGGAGCCAGGUGGGUGAUGGGCUCACACUGUGCAGCGUCUGACACCCUGGGGUGCUGGACGGGGUCUGCAGGGAGCAGGAUGGGCCCGUGCUCCACCGGUUUGGAGGGAGCUCUUUUAGGGGGCUGCAGCUGGAUCCUUAUUUCCCUUGGCGGGUUGGCACAGGGCAGUGCUCUGGGGCACAAGGAGGGAGGGCCGUGACUGCUUGAGCUCUGUGCUGGGUGCUCAGGUGCUUGCUUUCCCUGGGGUGAACAGCCCAGGGAGGGGACACGGCGUCUCCUGUGGUGCCGUCACUGCUGGAGGAGCCUCUGCCUGAGGAGUGGUGGGAAAGGCAGGAAGCAAAACCGGGCAGGUGGGACGUAGGGUCUGAAGCUUCAGCUGCGGCAGUGGCCAUGCACUGACUCCUCCCAGGGCACCAGCUGGGAGGGAGCCCCGGGGCAUGGGAGCGCGUGGGCCGGGAGGGUUCCCAGCAGAGACAUGCGCCAACGCACCAAGUGCUGGGGGACCUCAGCGGGGACUGCUGUGCUGCUACGGCCAGCUGAGCCUGGGCAGGCGUGGGGGGCUCAGGUGCUGGAGGAUGCCCACCUCAGCAGGGCAGCAGUUUAUGAAAGCAGAGGCUGAGAGAGCUGGGGAGGAUGGCGGCCAGCAGAGCAGAGCUGUGUGGAAGCUGGGAGAAGUGCUGCAGGGUGGUGACUGCAUGAGCCCAGGCUGUGUGAGCUGGGAACCGGUGGUGUGGAAGAGGUGUAUGACCCUGAGGACGCGGUUCAUGAACAGCUUUGGAGCGGGAACGGGAGGAGGCAGCAACUGAGCAACUUGAGAUGGUGCUUAGUGGCCUGAAAGAGGAUGAUGGGAUGUGUUUGCUGCAAGGAGGAGCAGCAAAGUCUGCUCCCUGCUUCCUCGCAUUUUUGUCCCUGCAACAAUGGGCUUGGCAGGAGAUGAGAAAGUUUGGACCAUGAUGUGGCUCUGGCAGAGGGGGUUAAGCCAGGCACAAGCUUGUUUUUUGCACUGUUUGCAAAGCCUCUGUGAUGCUCCUGGCCUUGUUGGACACGGAGAGCUGAAUGCAGGAGCAGGAGGCUGUGCAGAGCCCUGGUCCCAGCCAUGCCAGCUCAGUCCCGGCGCAUCCCAGCAUGGCCACCUGGCAGGGUCCUG